AUGGUCCAAGAAGAGCUUGGAUGUUUACUAUAUACCUGGUGCAAACACCAUCAAGAACAAGUCACUGAUGAUACUAUCAUUCUCUCAGACGAUCCCGGGAAUCCAAGGAUCCACUGUCGGGGACAGGCUCCGCACAUAUUGCACGAUACACCGCGUGUGCUCGAAACAGUUGGUCUCGACGAUUGA